AUGUUUUUCUCUCUCUCCCUAAUGAUGUCUAUAAAAGUUCAAGACAGCCGACCUAUUUGGACAUAACACAAGAACUACAACAGACUCUUAGUCUCUCGUUUUUCUCUUUCCAUGGAAGAUACCAAUCGUAAUUCAACCUCCUCCGCCGUCAUCUCCGCCAUUCCCUCGGCCUGUGAAUUACCCGAACCCGAUGUCCAGAUCGUCACCUCUGGCGGCCUCCGUAUCCCCGUUCACUCCAGCAUCUUGGCAAUGGUUUCUCCAGUGCUGGAAAAUAUAAUCGAGAGGCCACUUAAGCACCGGAGCUCUGAGAGAGUCAUCCCGAUUCUCGGCGUCCCAUGCGACGCCGUUUCCGCUUUUGUUGGAUUCCUCUACACUUCCAGGUGCUCGGAGGAACAAAUGGAGAAAUAUGGGAUUCACCUGCUGGCAUUGUCACAUGUUUACUCGGUCCCACGGCUGAAACAGAGGUGCACCAGGGGAGUGAGUCAGCGGCUGACGGUCGAGAAUGUGGUGGACGUGCUCCAACUCGCCAGGCUCUGUGACGUACCCGAUCUUUACCUCAAGUGCAUGAAGCAGAUCGCCGCCCAUUUCAAGUCUGUGGAGGAAACCGAAGGCUGGAAAUUCAUGCAGGAUCAUGACCCCUGGCUCGAACUUGAGAUUCUCAAAUUCAUCGAUGAAACUGAAUCGAGGAAAAACAGAACGAGGCGGCACAGGGAAGAACAGAGCUUGUAUUUACAGCUAAGCGAGGCAAUGGAGUGUUUAGAGCACAUAUUCACGGAAGGGUGCACGACCGUUGGGCCGUACGACAUGGAACCUGAAAAGAAAACAGGCCCCUGCAACAAAUACACAACGUGCCACGGUGUCCAGAUGUUGAUCAAGCACUUUGCUUUGUGCAAGAGAAGGUCUAAUGGAGGAGGGUGCUAUCGGUGCAAGCGGAUGUGGCAGCUUCUUAGACUCCACUCCUCCAUUUGUGAUCAGCCUGAUUCUUGCAAGGUUCCUCUUUGCAGGUCUUAUCUAGAAUUCUUUUUAGGUUGUUUUUGGCCCUUUAAAUCAUUUACCUGCAAUAAAAUCUACCACUUGGGAUUCGAUCACAUUCAAGUUGUGUCCUGGUGUUUUGUAUAUGAAGUGAUAAGACAGGACAUCUAGUUGCAAAUAUUCUGUUUAGCGAAUUAGACAGGAGAUUUUAUUGCGAAGAUGUGGCUCUAAUGAACCACUUCUUUGGCACCCGUUUGGAAGGGGAUGGAUACUUGUCACUUCUUACAACUCCCAAAUAUAAUUAUCUUUGGGAAAUACUUGUUGCCAGCUAGUUUUCUUAUCAGAAAAUGAAAGAUAUGGCUCGCCUUCUUCUCCUACUGUUACAAAAUAUCAACAUGGUGGGUCUUAAAACCCCCAUCUUUGUGUCAUUUUCUAGAGCAAUUUGGCCCGUUGUUUCUUUCUUUUCCAUUUAACGACGGAUAUCAAAUCAUCAUUUACCAAAACAUUGUUGGCCUGCAGAUAUUAUUACUCCUCCAACUUCUCUUUUAUUAUCAUCAACAUUAAGACUGUUUGCUUUUGUAAAUGUGACAGGCAAUUCAAAUUGAA